GCAUCUCGUCGACGUUGCGAUACCAAGACGGCAAGGGCCCAACAAUCCCAUCUGCUGGGCACGGCAUCUGGCGGGCUGUCAACCGUGCCGAGAACGCUGGGCGCUGUAUGCGGAGGCGCUAUCGUGGAUGGGACGGCACUGUUGUUGGUAAUGAUGAUGAUGCCGACUCUCGGUACUGCAUCCGAUGCUUGGAAACCUGGCUGUGAACAUCGGCGUUGA